UAGAUUCAUUCAAACUAACAAUGCAUAUGAGUUUGUCACAGUUUUAACAUAUGCAUUCUUCUUGCAGAUGGUUGAAAAAGAAGGUUAUCUUCAAAAAGCUAAAAUUGCAGAUGGAGGAAAGAAACUAAGGAAAAACUGGUCUACUUCCUGGAUUGUUCUUUCUAGUAGAAAAAUUGAAUUUUACAAAGAAUCCAAACAACAGGCUCUGUCCAAUACGAAAACUGGGCACAAAGCAGAAAGUGUGGAUUUGUAUGGGGCACAUAUAGAAUGGGCCAAGGAAAAAUCAAGCAGAAAGAAUGUCUUUCAGGUAAGAAUGCUACAUAUAUUCAGUUUAUUCCUGUUUCCUCUAAAUCAGAGCUUUCUUGAGUAA